CCCUUUAAACACAGUACUGGGACGCUGACGUAAUUUUUAUAACUGCGUAGCGUUGGACCGGAAGGAAGUGGGUGUUAGCUGACUGGCGUUAGCGAGCCACAAUUCCCAAGUCUGCUGCGGGUUCUAUGGAAGAGAUGUCAGGAGAGAGUGUGGUGAGCUCGGCAGUGCCAGCAGCUACAACCCGGACUACAUCCUUCAAGGGUUCCAGCCCCAGCUCUAAAUAUGUGAAGUUAAAUGUUGGUGGGGCACUGUACUACACUACAAUGCAGACACUAACCAAACAGGACACAAUGCUCAAAGCCAUGUUCAGUGGUAGGAUGGAGGUCCUCACAGAUAGUGAAGGAUGGAUCUUGAUUGAUCGCUGUGGAAAACAUUUUGGAACAAUCCUCAACUACCUUAGAGACGGAGCAGUGCCGCUCCCUGACAGCAGGCGGGAGACAGAGGAACUGCUCGCUGAGGCCAAGUAUUAUCUUGUCCAAGGCCUGGCUGAUGAAUGCACAGCUGCCUUGCAGAACAAAGAAACCUAUGAACCCCUUUGUAAAGUGCCUCUGAUGACAUCUUCUAAAGAGGAGCAGAAGCUUAUUGCAACCUCUAAUAAGCCAACUGUCAAACUGCUGUAUAACAGGAGCAACAAUAAGUAUUCAUAUACCAGCAACUCAGAUGAUAACAUGCUGAAAAAUAUUGAGCUGUUUGACAAGCUGUCAUUGCGGUUCAAUGGCCGGGUGCUCUUCAUCAAGGAUGUAAUUGGGGAUGAGAUCUGUUGUUGGUCAUUUUAUGGCCAAGGGCGUAAGAUUGCUGAAGUGUGUUGCACCUCCAUUGUCUAUGCCACAGAGAAGAAGCAGACAAAGGUGGAGUUCCCUGAGGCACGAAUCUAUGAAGAGACCCUCAACAUUCUGCUGUACGAGUCCCACGACGGUAGGGGUCCAGACAACGCCCUGCUGGAGGCUACAGGGGGCGCUGCAGGACGAUCCCAUCACCUUGAUGAAGAUGAGGAGCGAAUUGAACGAGUUCGUAGGAUUCACAUCAAACGACCUGAUGACCGCACUCACCACCACCAGUGACCUUUUAACCUUGACCCGUCGGCCUGUGUCUGUGACCCCGGACAGUCUUUGCACCACGCUUGUGCCUUAAAUCACCCAGCGCCUCUGUUUCACUUCCUCUCUUAUUUGACCAACUUUUACUCCAGGAGAUUACCAAAGAUGUGUGUACAACAGUGUGUACUGGUUGAGUGAUUUUAUGAGUUUGUUUGUUGUCAUUGUGUUGUGGGGUCUUGUCCUUUGUUUGUUUGUCAUGAAAGCUUUUAUCAGUGUUCUAUGCUAGAUUUCUAUGGACCUGGCUGUUUGCAUUCAUUAAUGCAGUAAACAGUUUUUUAAGUGAGUGUGAGUGUGAGUGUGAGUGUGUAAAAAACAACAAGGUAUUGUCAUUAUGAGUCUUGUCAUUUGAGGUCCUAACAACAUCACAUUGAGGAGAACAAGAAUUAUAUUGUGUAAGCAGCUAAAAAUUCAUGUAGAGUAUUUUUGUUUCUCCUUACCAAGGCUCUGACGGGUCCACUGUAAUGUUAUCAGUGCAUUGAUUAAGUGUUGUACACGAUGAAGCCACAUGAUGGCACUGUUUAACUCUUAGAAGAUGUUACCAAGGCUGUUUGGAAGCCAACAGAUUAUAGCAAAAAGAAAUCUUAAAACUGAUUUUGAUACAGCUAUCACCGAUGGAUGCAGCAUUUCACUGUAGUGCUUCUUUCUUAUUUAGUUUUAGCAUUUAUAUAUUCUCCCUUCACCUCACUAAAUGUUCAUUAUUUUCGGUGAAGGGAACUUGAGCCGUGACGUGUGGUGUUAAAUGUACUGGGGGUGAUUGAAUGAUGGGUGCUGAGGUUGAAGUGAAUGACUGUAACUAGAGAUCUCCCUGGCAGGAAGGGAACCCUGUCUACAAGCCUUUAACAGGGAGAGAAAUUAGACCUAUCCUUCAUCGCUGCAUUCAUCACAGAAUGAACUGUUUGCACACAAUAGGUUUGAGUUGAAAUAUGUCGAACAAUCACAGUACUCGUAGGUCUGUUGUACAGAAGUGAACAUAUAUGUAUGUUUUAUAUUUAUACAUACUUUAUCACAAAUAAAUUUAUAGAAACA